AUCACACAGGUAAGGAUCUGUGACGUAAUAGAAGCACCCGAAUUCGAGUUCGGGAAAGAAAAUGUAAUUUAUACUUUGCUAGCUAAGUACUUAUCUUCAACCUAGACUGGAUAUAUGUAUGUAUCGUGUCUGCCUCCAUCACGAUCAGUCACUUGCGAGCCUGAUACCGUGAACCACACAUAGCUAAUGUGCUUUAUACGUGUAACAUUAGCUAGGCUACUUGUUUGUUUUGCCAUUGCAUAGUUAGCUAACGGCUGCGCUAACGAACCAGAUUGCAAGCUAGUAGCUAGCUGUUUAUGCUACCAGCUGGCUAGCUGUACAGUUUUUUUGUUUGACAUGACUUUCCCUGAUUCGAUAGCUGUCCACGAUGCCUUCAUCCUCCUCUGCAGCUUCUUUGCAUUGUGCCUCAAGUUUGGGUUUGCGUUUGUGGAGGCAGGCAAAACAGAUCCAAAGAACAUCUCCAAUGUCAUCUUUAAAAAUGUAGCAGACACAUUUGUCACCUUGCUGGCUUUCUUUCUCCAUGGCUAUGCAUUUGCCUUUGGGGAGCACAACGCUGUUAUCGGAACCCAAUUCUUCCUCACAUUGAACAAGACAAACAUGGUAAACUUCUUCUUCAACUAUGUUCGCUGUGCUGUAGCCACUACUCUGGCACUAGGGGCUGCCAACGAGAGGACAGAACCAAUCGGCUACCUCAUAUCCGCAUACGUUUUCUCAGGAAUAAUCUACCCUCUGGCUUGUCACUGGGUCUGGGACCAGCAAGGCAUCUUCAGUCCAACCUCCACCUCCUACCCAUCACAGGACUAUGCAGGCAGCGGUGUGAUCUUCUUGCUGGGUGGUGCAGCGGCAGCUGUCUCACUGCGGGUUAUAGGAUCACGGGCUGGACGCUGGAGUCCCCAUUUCAAACGGACAGAGCACAGCCAGCCUAUGGUGGUGCUGGGAGGAUGCCUUCAAAUGCUGGGCUUCUUGGGCCUGGUGAUAGGCACUCACCCCCGUGUGUUGGAUGCUGAUGAGGGCCUGUUACUGGGGCUAGGCACUGUAAACUUGUUGCAUGCUGCUACAAGCGGAGGACUCUACGGACUAAUGAUCCAACGCAUCGAUAAGAACUACUAUGAUCUCGACAGCAUGCUCUCUGGGGCCAUUGCUGGCAUGGUGGCAGUGUGUGCAGGAGUAGACACCUACAUGCCUGGUGUGGCAGUCAUGUGUGGGGCCACUGGAUCUCUCCUCUUUAUUGGCUUUCGCCGCUUCCUCUGUGCUGUGAGGGUGGAUGACCCCCUUAACAUCAUCUCUGUGUACUUAAUUCCAGGGGCCUGGGGCUUGAUGCUUGCAGGUUUAUUCUCUGAUCAUGGGGCUCUUGGAGGACAUAUCCAGGUGUUGGGGAACAAUUGCAUUGUGGCACUGGUGUUAUUCUUCUGGGCAGUGGCUAUUAUGUACCCUCUUCUCUCCAUACUCAUGUGUUUUGGAGUGCUGCGAGUCCCCCGCUUCAUGGAGAAACAAGGAAUAGACAAAAUCAGACACACGCUAAGACACCCUCACGGCACCAGGAAGUCACUGAACUAACCCCAGACAGAAACAUCAAUCCAGAGGCAAUGAAGUUAAACCUGGGGAUAAUUUUUGAAUGUUUUUUUUCUAAACAAUUUCUUAAUGCAUAACUAAAACAUUUGUUAGCAA